AGUGACACCGGUCGUGGAGAUCCACCUACAGCUGCAAACGCUGCUCCGGUUUUCCAAGUUAUAGAGGGAAAACCCGAAAACUGCCCGCCCACAGAGAGGUGCUUUCUGUCGGCUCGGAGCGCCCUCACCGCCCCUUGGACUGUCCGCGGCUCUCGUCCUUUAAUCGGCCAGGAACCAUCCAGCCACAUCCAGCCCCACUGUGGAUCUUCAGCCCCUCAGCAGGACAGUGGCAGAGGCAGAGCCGUCGGGGACCAGUCCAGCAGGCAGCAGGGCUCCAUGAGCGCCACGGGGCAGCAGCAAGGGGGGGGUCUGCGUUCCCGCCGAGGCCUUGGCCGGGACAAGGACCCUGGGCAGGGCAUGGGCAUGGAGGCGACCUGCUGGCUGGCCCCCGGAGUGCUGCGCAGGCUGAUCGAGCUGCCCUCGCCCCCGCUGUCUCGGCACCAGCUCAAGAGACUGGAGGAGCACAGGUACAGCAGUGCUGGACGUUCCCUGCUGGAGCCUCUGAUGCAGCGUUACUGGGAGUGGCUGGUGGGCCGAGUCCCCGCCUGGAUCGCCCCCAACCUCAUCACCAUCAUCGGCCUCGCCACCAACGUCUUCACCACCCUCGUGCUCGUCUACUACUGUCCGACCGCCACCGAGCAGGCUCCUCUCUGGGCGUACCUGCUGUGUGCGGUGGGUCUGUUCAUCUACCAGUCGCUGGACGCCAUCGACGGGAAGCAGGCCAGACGCACCAACAGCAGCUCUCCGCUGGGCGAGCUGUUCGACCACGGCUGUGACUCCCUCUCCACCGUGUUUGUGGUGCUGGGAACCAGUAUAGCGGUGCAGCUGGGCACCAACCCGGACUGGAUGUUCUUCUGCUGCUUCGCCGGGAUGUUCAUGUUCUACUGCGCCCACUGGCAGACAUACGUGUCGGGAACGCUGCGCUUCGGCAUCAUUGAUGUGACUGAGGUGCAAAUCUUCAUUAUAAUCAUGUAUUUGCUGGCCGCCGUGGGAGGAUCUGCUUUUUGGCAGUCACUGAUUCCGAUCCUAAAUAUCCAGAUGAAAAUGGUUCCUGCCAUCUGCACUUUUUUAGGAGCCAUCUUCUCCUGCACCAAUUACUUCAGAGUUAUUUUUACAGGAGGCGUGGGCAAAAACGGAUCCACAAUAGCGGGAACCAGCGUCCUCUCUCCAGUCUUACAUAUUGGCUCAGUUAUAAUUUUGGCCAUGAUGAUAUACAAGAAGUCUGCUGUCCAGCUCUUCGAGAAACACCCGUGUCUUUAUAUCCUGGCGUUUGGCUUCGUCUCGGCCAAAAUCACCAAUAAAUUAGUUGUAGCACAUAUGACAAAAAGUGAGAUGCAUCUCCACGAUUUAGCCUUUCUGGGGCCAGGACUUCUGUUCCUGGAUCAGUAUUUCAAUAGUUUUAUCGACGAGUACCUGGUGCUCUGGAUUGCACUGAUCAUUUCCUUCUUUGACUUGGUGCGUUACUGUGUCAGUGUUUGCAACCAGAUUGCCUGCCAUCUUCACAUUUUUGUUUUCAAAAUCAAGCCUUGUUCAGUGCUCAGCUCAGCUCCUCACUGAGGACACGCCGGCCAUUACUGACUCUGUCCCUGCCCCCCUCCCCCCCGAUAGUCGCACUCAUCUUUUCUUCCCUGUUUUCCACGUAGAGAUGCAGGGGGUGACGUGGUGUAAAGUAUGUGCUUCUGCCAACUGAAUGUGAGGACAAAUAAUAUAUAUUAAGAUACUGGAAUAUUACUGUCAUUGUUUCUUUUUCACCAGUGAACUCAGAGUUGAAUUUGUACCAGUUUCAUCUUCUGGCCCAGUAAUAAGAGAUCUCCCUCUGACACACUCACGGUUACACAGAGCAGAUGUUUCAGGUGCUACUCGCUGUGUUCAAGGAGAGACUUACGUGUGUUUUAACUGUUCAUGUGCAACAACAUGUAUAGGUAUGGAUCUUUGCUUUUCAUGAUUAUAAUUUUUGUAAUAUUUGCGUAACUUUACCUUUUUGCUAUUGUAAAUACCAAACUGUUGCAGUGUCUGUGCUUCUCUUUUAAGUUAAAACCCCUGCUUUGACACAUUUAUAAAAACCUUCCUUCAUGUAUUUUGAGGCGACCUCAUCCUCCGCACAUCGCGCCGAACCGUGCCGCCGUUUCACGUCCGCGGUUCUGGAGGAAACCUGACGUCGACUCGUGCAAAGCUGCAAAAUGUUCACUGCCAGUGUUUUCUCGGUUACAUUUGGGAUUUUAGUGUUUAGUUCAGGGGGGAGUUCAGUGUUUGUUUACUGUCACGUUACUGGCUCGUGGUUUCAUUUCACUUCUUAUUGUUACACGACGAGUUGCAGCUACAGCAGCGUUUCUCUCACUGGCUGGUGUUUGUAGCUCUGUGGGUGUUCAUCAGAGGUCCUAAAGUUACUGACCGGACCUUUGAGCUCAACAGAGAACUCUGCUGCUCAGGUUUUCUCACAUUUUGCAGCUGAUCAGAGCAAAGGUCAAGUCGUUCUGAAGUGGAGAUGCACAAAGUGGCUGUUCUGAGUCGGGCCUGUUGGGUUGAAGGUCGCUCCGCUCAUCCGUUAACCUCAUUAUUUCAUAUUUUAUUGGUGUCAAUAAAUCCCAUGAAAAGACCAAAAACAUUUAAAAAACAGUCACUCAUGUCCUGUUUGUUUUAACCAAUGAGACAGAAGGAGGUGUUGCACUUGUGCUUCAGUAUCCCGAUGAUCUGAUCCGUCAGUUUCUACAUUGAACGCACUUCAAGAACAUUAAAGUUGUAAAUCAAUCCAGUGUA